UACCACGCAUGCGCAAUACGAAGUGAAAGCUGUAUACACAUCAACAACGUCAACAACAUACUCAUCGUUACUAUUGUCCAUAACCUUGAUGUCAGGAAGGGAAUGGGAUAUUUCGAAGAGCACUUUUAUUGUUUCGGAACCAACAGGAAAGAGUAAAUUUGCCUGAAACGACGCUUUAACGAAAACGGAAGAAGAGAGAAGUGAAACCUUUAGCUGGGCUACACUUUCUGGAAGUCGCUCCAAACAGUUGACAGACGACGCACUUGCUUCCUGUUGUCAGUGUGGCUGUUAAAUACCCAGCGACGAGAUGAAAUGUAAGAAAUAUUGUUAAAGGACACGUAAAGGUAAACAACCCACUGGACCCCGAGUAUCUGUGUUCUUCAUGAGUCUGCUGGCAGGAUGUCGCUGAGUUCGGGCGGUUGGGCUCAAACCCCCGGCUACACACCGGACCAGUCCGCCGUCCUCCCCAGUCACUAUGGGGCCUCGCAGUCACAACUCGGCUGCCAAACCGUCCUCAUGUCGGUGCGGGUGUCGGUGUGCCAUUCCGGUAUUCGGCCGCUGUGUCUUCCUGGAGCGGGUGACGAGUCACUCCGCCUGCAGCUGAGCAUGGACCCGGGGAAGUCCGGGGAAUUCCGGCUGUCGCUCCAGGACAGCAGCGGGACCGGCCGGAGCGUGACCAUCGUGGAGUUUGAUUUGAGGACCGUCAAAUAUGAGGUGAAGUCACCAAAGUGCCACGAGCUGAGUUUGUCGGCGCCUCCAUAUGACCGCAUCAGCUUCAACUUCCGCUGUGACAAGGAGGCCCAGGAGUGGGCUACGGUGGUGACUUCUUCACUGAGAGAAGCACUCAGAGUCGCCCCUCAAGAUAUUGAUCCACAGCGCUCCCUAGACGUUCUCCAUCGUGAGAACACCUUGGCCCUGCAACGAACAGAGGAUACCUGCAUAGAGCUGACCAGAGCCAUAGAAGCAGGAGACAUGCAGUCUGCUUCUGACUUUGCUGCCACACUCGCCCGACAAAAUGCCGCGCUCAAGAUUCAGCCCUCUGCCAGGGACUAUGAAGACACUGAAAUCAACUUGGCGGUUGCAGUUGAGGAUUCGUCUUCGUCCUGUUGUGUCACUGUGAAAGUUUCCCCGCAUAUGACUACCGCAGCACUAAAACAGCAGAUGUUUCUCGAGUAUGGCUUUCACCCGCGGGUGCAGCGCUGGGUGAUUGGCCAGUGUCUGUGCACCGACCAGCGCUCUCUGGCUUCAUAUGGUGUUCGUCAGGACGGUGACACGUCCUUCUUGUACCUCCUGUCAGCCCGUCAUGCUCGCUUGACCCGCCAUGUCCUGCAGCAGGACCAGGAGAGUGCCCUCCUCCUCAGCCCUCCAUCCCUGUCUCUCCCCACUCCUCCCCUCUCUGCUACCUCUGCAAACGGCCCCUCAUCCCUGGACCGGAGGCCUUACGCCACCCUGCCACCUAGACUCCAUACCAGCACCAACACUGGUGGCUCACAGAGAGGAAACAUCAGUGAGAUCAGAGAUCUCACCAACCUAGAGAUGCCUCAACUCAAUGAAGCACUGAGCCCCAACACAGCUUCCACCCAGGGUUGGUCGUGCCCUUCUUGCACUUACAUUAACAAACCAACACGGCCGGGCUGUGAGAUCUGCAGCACGAACCGCCCAGACAACUACGUCAUCCCCGGGGGAUACCGCCCAGAUGCACUGGAACUCAGACGGAUCCAGCAGGAGAAGGAGGCGAUCAGACAGUACCAGCAGGCAAAGGAAGAGGAGCGCAGGGAGAAUUUUGCCCGGCUAGUGAUGAUGGACAGCCAGGACCUGCUGCCUAACCCAGAGUCUGUGGACUGUAGGAUCUGCUACGUGGACCUAAAGCCUAGAGAGGGUGUCCUGCUGAGGGAGUGUCUCCACUGCUUCUGCAGAGAGUGCUUACGUUCAGUCAUCAUGCUGAGUGAGGAGCCGGAGGUGGCCUGUCCCUACAGAGAUGACACGUAUUCCUGUGCCUGCUCCCUGCAGGAGAGGGAGAUCAGGGCUUUGGUGCCAGCAGAGGAGUAUGAGCGCUGGCUGCAAAGAGGUCUAUCAGUGGCAGAGUCUCGAUGUGAGGGCAGCUACCACUGUGCCACCCCAGACUGUCCGGGCUGGUGUGUGUACGAGGACACGGUCAACGUCUUCCACUGUCCCGUCUGCAGGAAACACAACUGCCUGAUUUGCAAGUCUAUCCACGAAGGAAUGAACUGCAAGCAAUACCAGGAUGAUCUUGUAGCCCGCGCUAUAAAUGACUCCGCUGCCAGGAGGACGACACAUCUACUCAAGACUCUUGUGCAGUCAGGCGAGGCAAUGCACUGUCCCCAGUGUGGCAUCAUUGUGCAGAAGAGAGAUGGAUGUGAUUGGCUACGCUGCACUGUCUGUCACACUGAGAUCUGCUGGGUGACAAGAGGACCCCGCUGGGGACCUACGGGUCCUGGAGACACCAGCGGAGGAUGUCGCUGCAACGUCGACAAUCAGAAAUGCCAUCCUAAAUGCCAAAACUGCCACUGAGAAUCUCAAGAGCGGUCCUAUAGUAAAAGGGAAUGAAAGACUCAAUGUAAAAUAAACUAUCCUCUAGAAAAAAAAACAUGUAUGUUUAGGUCAAAAACUGCGGGAUUGUUACAUACAAUGCAUCCUCCUUGUUAUAACUGGAAGCAUUCUCAAUUUCCUCUCAGCAAAUGUCUGACCACCACUUGUUUCCCUUGGCUUUCCAAUGCAGUCAGAAUAACAGACUAUAUUAUAUUGACUAUGUUGACAUGCAGGUGUGUACAUUUAGACAAGGCAGUAUAAAUUAAAUUACCACUUCUGACUGUUAUGAAGAUAUGGUUGUUUACGCAGGGAAGGAAUUUUAACUUCACAAUGAUUGCACUGCAAAAAUAGCAAUACAGGUGUGUUGUUUUCUGUGUUGGUAGUUACAUACCGGAUUGCACGUGGCCUUAUUUUUGUGCACAAAAGCUAUAGCCGAGUGUUUAUGUUGACGUUUUUUUCUAUGUUGUUUUCUUGAUAUGCAAUUUUCUGCAUCGAGAUCAAUCAAAAAAAGUGUUUGGAGUUCUAUUUCUUGUGUCUGCGUGAUAGUCUGACUGCAUGUAUGCCUUACCUACCAAAGAGGUUUGAAAUGUGUCUCGCAUGUUGUUUAACCACCUGACUUUGAGUGGAACUGUGCUGUUGGCAUUGACUCGCAUGCUUCUGUAUUUGACGAGCGCUGCGGAGGUCACUGAGGUACUGCUGACCAGCUGUGUAGCAGAGUGUAUCGAUUAAUAGUCAAAUGUUAAUUUGCAAUACUUGAAUACUUUCUGAGAAGGCACAUGUAAACACAUUUUGUCGAGUUAAGGAGCUCAUGAUGCAUAUGGUGAUAUUAGUCGGCAUACUCGACGGCUUUUUUUUUUUUUUUUGUUAUAAGAAAGCUUUGUACCCAUUAUAAAAUGUUCUAAUUCAUUGGAUGCAUGAAUUUGUUAUUCUAAUUCAUAAGUGGGAACUCAACAAUGUACUCUGUACCACCUUAACUACGAUAAGAGCAUGUAGGCUCACCAACUGCACUCUCUGUUACCCACCAGACUGUUCCCUGGACUACACUACUGCCCCGCACUGACACGCCACGAAGAAGUCUGCACUGUUACUUGUGUUAGAAUAUCAGCUCUGUGUUGCUGAUGUACUGUUGUGCCUUAAUUAUCAAUAAAUACCAC